GGACUGGCUGGACUGGCCAAAUGAUAGAUCUCAUCAACUUCCAAAUACAAUGGCCUUACGAUGUCGUGAUGUACCAAUUCGAAAUUCUCAUGGCCGACCCAGUGCUCGACAUUUCUCUUUCGUCCAGUAAAAAAAUUAUCCACAACUAUAACUUCAUGACCGGCCAACAUCAAUCGAUCUACCAAAUGUGAACCAACGAAACCAGCUCCACCGUAACGGUGGCAGUGGCAUUUGAAACAUGGCAGACAUCAUUGACUGUAAUUUUCCUGUGUGGGGCCUACUGCCUAAAAAAGAAACAGGUGUCACUCAAUUUCUCACGAAAUAUCCCGAAUACGAUGGACGAGGCGUCAUUAUUGCUAUUCUCGAUUCCGGUGUCGAUCCUGGAGCACCGGGUAUGCAGGUGACCUCGGAUGGAAAAACAAAAAUAAUUGAAAGAUUUGACUGCAGCGGUGCCGGCGAUGUUGACACAAGCAAAAUUGUACAGGCUCCGGAUGGAUAUAUAAAUGGUAUCACUGGUCGUAAAUUAAAGGUCCCUACAAAUUGGAAUAAUCCAAGUGGUGAAUAUCAUAUCGGGAUAAAAAAUGUAUUUACAUUAUAUCCUGGCAAAUUAAAAGACAGAAUUACAGCGGAAAGAAAAAAAAAAUUUUGGGACGAUGGACAAAAAGCUGCACUUGCAGAAGCUAGUAGAGCGUUACAAGAAUUUGAGGCCAAGAAUCCACAAUUAUCCACCUUAGAAGAAAAAUUACAAAAAGAGGAAUUAGAAGCUAGAGUAGAAGUACUCAUUAAUGCAGAAAAAAAAUAUUCAGAUUCUGGACCUACGUAUGAUGUUGUUGUUUUUCAUGAUGGUGAAAUGUGGAGAGCGUGCAUUGAUACUUCUGAACAAGGUGAUUUAGAAUCUGGUGUUUAUCUUGGAGAAUAUUCUUUGACGAAAGAAUAUGCUCCUCUAACUCAAGAAGAUCAGUUAAAUGUUAGCAUUAAUGUUCAUGAUGAAGGAAAUACACUUGAAAUAGUUAGUCUUUGUUCAAGUCAUGGAACGCAUGUAGCUUCAAUAGCAGCAGCUUAUUUUCCUGAAAACCCGGAAUUAAAUGGUGUAGCACCUGGUGCUCAAAUAAUUUCACUAACAGUAGGAGAUGGACGAAUAGGCACUAUGGAAACAGGAACAGCAAUAGUAAGGGCAAUGAUAAACAUCAUGCAGCGUAGAAAAGAAAAAAUUCAUCUUAUAAAUAUGAGUUAUGGUGAACAUGCUCAUUGGUCUAAUGCAGGACGAAUAGGAGAAUUAAUGAACGAAGUUAUUGAUAAGUAUGGUAUAACAUGGGUUGCAUCUGCUGGAAAUCUUGGACCAGCGUUAUGUACUAUUGGAACACCACCAGACAUCAAUUCAAACAGUAUUAUUAGUGUUGGUGCUUAUGUUUCACCUGAUAUGAUGGUGGCUGAAUACUCUCUAAGAGAAAAAAUGCCUGGUAUGCCAUACACAUGGUCUUCUCGUGGUCCAAUGAUAGAUGGUGGUUUUGGUGUUACUGUAUGUGCUCCUGGUGGAGCUAUUACGAGUGUUCCUAAUUUUACAUUAAGAAAAAGUCAACUUAUGAAUGGUACAAGCAUGGCCAGUCCACAUGUUACUGGUGCCAUUGCGGUGCUUAUAUCUGGACUUAUAGCUAAAGGUUGUCCAUAUUCCCCAUAUAGUAUCAAAAGAGCUCUUGAAAAUACUGCUUUAUACAUAUCAACUUUGGAUCCAUUUGCACAAGGUUCAGGCUUAUUGCAAGUUGAACGUGCAUUUGAUAAUCUUGUUGCCUAUUGCGAUGCACCAGAAAGAGAUGUCAGAUUUUCAAUCAGUUGUACCGCACAUAAUUCGAAAGGAAUUCAUAUGAGAAUCGGUGUUAUUGAUCGGCCGAAAGAUUAUCCAGUUACUGUUGAACCAGUAUUCCUUGAUAGUGAAAACACCGAUCCAUCACGUAAAAUUGAUUUUAAUUUAAAAUUGACUUUGGUGUGCGAGGCAUCUUGGGCUCGAUUUCCAACGCAUCUUGACCUAAUGCAUAUGCCCCGUGCUUUCUCAAUUAGUAUCGAUGGUUCUAAUUUGCCAGAAGGUGUUCAUGCUACAAGCGUUAGAGCUUAUGAUGUAACCAAUAUUGCAAAAGGGCCAGUGUUCCAAAUUCCUAUCACGGUAGUGCAACCAAUGGUACUGCCAAAAACAGCUCUUCUCCCUGAUCUAAUAUAUACAAAUGUUUUAUUUAAACCAAAUACAAUCAAGCGUCAUUUUAUUCUCGUUCCCGAGGAUGCCACAUGGGCAGUUCUCAAGUUAAGGAGUACAGAAAAGGACAAGACCAGCAGAUUUGUACUUCAUACUAUUCAAUUGAAACCACGAUUAGCAUGUAAAACACUUGAAGUUAAUAAAAUGAUAGGAGUUACACCACAAACAGAAUGUGUUCAACCAUUUGCUGUUGAGGGUGGUUUGAUUGUGGAAGUUGUUAUUGCAAAAUAUUGGGCAAGUUUAGGGGAUAUGUUAAUAGAUUACUCAAUAGAAUUUCAUGGUAUUCGUAUAAUAAAUGGUAACUUAACAAUGCAAUCGGGCGAUGGUAUAAAUCGCUUAGAAAUACGAAGUUCUUUAAGAAUUGAAGAAGUUGUACCAUGCGUUACUCUUAAAUCAUCUGUACAAAUUUUAAAACCGACGGAUUCAAAAGUUAUUCCUUUACGAAAUCGUGACAUUAUUCCACCAACCAGACAAAUUUAUGAAUUACAAUUAACAUACACAUUCCAUUCAGCAAAAGCAACUGAAGUUACGCCAAAUGCUGCACUACUUAGUAAUUUGCUGUAUGAGAGUGAAUAUGAGAGUCAAAUGUGGAUGAUAUAUGAUAACAACAAACAACUUGUUGCCUGUGGUGAUGCAUAUCCAUCUAAGUACACUAUUCAAAAAUUGGAAAAGGGUGACUAUACAUUGAAGAUGCAUGUACGUCACGAAAAGAAAGAAUUAUUAGACAGAUUAACAGAUAUGCCUUUGCUUUUGAGUCAAAAACUUAAUAAUCCGAUAAUACUUGAUAUUUAUGCCAGUCAAUCUCAGGCAAUGAUUGGUGGAAAAAAGAUGGUUGCCGCAUCUGUUCCACCUGGGCAUAUUCUUCCCUUAUUUGUUGCGCCUAUGUUAAAUGAAAGCAACACAGAAAACAAGAUAUCCAAAGGUGCUACUCUUGGUAGUUAUCUACAAGGUACAAUUACAUUAUGUAAAGAUGAAUUGGAUAGGAAAGUAGAUUACUAUACGUUUAAAUACAUAUUAUCUGAACCUACUAAAAAAUCAAGUAAUGCUACAUCUAAAUCAGAUAAGGAAAAAACUACCAAAUGGGAUGAAUACAAUGAAGCACUACGAGAUUUAAAAUGCACAUGGCUUGCAAAACUUGAACCAGGUGAAUAUGCAAACUUAUUGUAUGGAGAAUUGAAGAACAUCUUCUCAGAUCACUUGCCUGUACAUACUGCCAUGUUGACAUCAUUGGAUUCUCCUGAAGCACGUCGUCAUGUACCUCAUGAUGAUGUAUCUGAAAAUUCUAUUGCUCUUGCCAAUCAAAUAUUAGCCGUUGCAGAUGUUGUCAUUACAAAUAUUGAUCAGGAUAAACUAUUAGCCUACUAUGGCCUAAAGACUGAUCAACGAUCUGAUGCUGCCAAAAUUAAAGCAACAAUGGAUAAACAAAAGAAUACAUUAGUAGAAGCGUUAGUGAAAAAAGGUUGUGCGUUAGCACGAUUAUAUGUCCAUGGUACAAAAAAAGGUGAUGGUAAUAGUUCUCAUGAGCAUUUACUUGAGGGUGUUACAAACAUAUGGCAAGAAGUACAGAAAUUUGCUGAACCAACUGACAAUAAGGUGCUUAUAUUAUCUUUGUGGCAUGCACACAUUAAUAAUCAUUAUGGACGAUAUUUGAAAUUAUUGACACGUUUUUAUGAAGAAAAACCAAUAAAAGAAAUAGAUGAAAAGUGUAUAGAAAUUACAAGGACUUUGGGUUGGAAUCAUUGGUCGCAUCAUAUAAUUGCAAGCAUACCAGCACGUUAUCCAGGAGCAUAUAGGACAUUUUGAUUAAUAGAUAUUGACGAACAAAUCAUGAAUUCUUUUCAGAUUUAACACAAUUUUUGGCUAACAUCGUAAUAAGAAAAACAAACUUUAAGAAUGAGUUUUUAAUUGCACUGUAAUGAUAAUGACAUUGUGUCAUGCAGAUGUAAAAUACAUUUAGAAAAAUAUUAUUUUAUUCAUAGA